CUGUGAUAGUAACGGAAGCGCUUCGGCGGUUCCCAUAGACGUGAAGUGAGAGACAGAGGCUGGGAGAGCUCGCCGUGAUUUCUGCUCCAGAAUGAUGAAGUUCUUGCCGAAACUGUUGUUGCUGCUGCUGCUGGCCUUCCCGGCGACGCUCCUCAUCAAGGGCCCAGGGGUCAGUGCUCAGGACCUGACGGAGGACGAGGAGGCUGAAGCUGUAGACGAAGAUGUGGUGGAUGACGUAACGGCUGAAGAUGAGGAUGACGAGGCAGAAGUAGAAGAUGAUGACAAUGCAGAACUAACAGAAGAAAAAGAAGAUGAGGAAGAUGCAUUGAUUGGAGAGGUGAAGGCCUCCCCAAAUGCAGACACCACCAUUCUGUUCGUCAAAGGAGAAGACUUUCCAGCCAACAACAUCGUCAAGUUCCUGCUGGGUUUCACCAACAAGGGAUCUGAGAACUUUGUUGUUGAGUCUCUGGAUGCUUCUUUCCGUUACCCACAGGAUUAUCAGUUCUACAUCCAGAACUUUACUGCCCUCCCACUAAGCACUGAGGUUCCUCCGGGGAGACAGGCCACAUUUGAGUACUCCUUCAUCCCUGCAGAGCCCAUGGGAGGGCGACCAUUCGGUCUCGUCAUCAACCUCAACUACAAGGACAGCAGCGGAAACAUUUUCCAAGAUGCAGUUUUCAACCAGACAGUCACCAUCACUGAGAAGGAGGAUGGACUGGAUGGGGAAACAAUCUUCAUGUACGUCUUCUUGUCUGGACUUGGCCUGUUGGUCGUUGUCGGCCUUCACCAGCUGCUGGAGUCCAGAAAGAGGAGGCGUCCGGCUCCAAAGGUGGAAAUGGGAACUUCGAGCCACAACGACGUGGACUUGAGCUGGAUCCCUCAGGAGACACUCAACCAGAUCAUGCAGAGUCGCAGAGACAAGGCGUCUCCAAGAAGAUCUCCUCGCAAGAGGAACCAGAAACGCUCGGCUGGUUCAGACGAGUGAUGGACCCGCACCGCGUCAGCGACGGCACUCGCCAACGCGUCUGUGGAGGAGGAAGAGGAGCGAUGCCACAGGGAGCAGACUGUGUCCUUUCUACUGAGAAAACAAACACGUGAAGUCUGGCUCCACUUUCAGCUUACAAACUGUUGAACACACACACGGCCCCUUUUUGUUAACUGUGACUGUUUUCUGAAGCUGUCACACGAGCAACAGGAACCAGGAUGAAGGUUGUUGGUUGGAUUCGUAAGUUAACUGCUCAUCGUUUUAGCGCAGACCAGUCAAACCAGUAGUAAACUUUUACUGAUCACUGUUUUUCUAGAUGAUUAUUUCACAGGGAUCUAAGACGUAGUGCUUUAGUUCGUGUUAAAUCGUCCCUGCACCAGAACCACUGGGUUUUACUUUUAGUUUCUAUGUUUUCUUCGUGGUUCUGCCUUCAUAGAUGCUGCUGACACAUUUGGGCUUGGUAGAGUCUGUCUUUUCUGCUCCAGCAGCCCCCGGCUCAGUUUGUUCUCUCCUUUGCUCAUUUCACUGCACUGACCCUGAUUCACUGUGGUACUCUGUGCCGUUCUCCUGUUAAACUGUAGCAGGUUGGAGGAUGAGCAUGAGGAACCCUGAGGAUUCAUGAUCAGCCGUUCGGUGGUGCAGCUACUGUUUGUAACAACAUGCUGAGGGCGAGACGAUUACCCAUGAACUGACGCCUCCACCGGGUCCAUGAUUGUCACAGUAGCUGCUCCAUUAGAUGGGCCGAGCUGAGUGAGGAGCAGCGGAGCAGCUGGAGCUGCUGGGGUCAGUCAUGCUCAUGUAAACACUGGUUCUGCAGCAGCUGAUGGUUCAACUCAACGGUUGGACUCUCAACCUUCAACACGUGCCUGUUUGUUUUUUUGUUUUUUUUCUAAAUCAGACAAACUAUUAAUGAAACGGUGACUUUGAGUGUCUUGGGAUUUUUCUGUUGUUGUAAUAUGUGGAACUGCCUGAAGCACUGGUGUAAAUACUGGCUGGAUGCAUGAGACAACAUAGGAGCUAAUUUAUUGGACUGGCAGAUUGAGCCUGACGGUGUGUGGGGUGUCUUUGUGUGACCACUAGGGGGCGACACUGGUCAUUUCCAGUACAGCGCUGUGGUUUGCCAAGUAACUGGUCUCAAACCUCAGACUGGUUUAAACCACUUCGUCGAUUACGGAUGUUUGUUUGUUUUUUCAUAGAUUUUUAUGUUUGUUUGCUUUUAAACAUGCAGGAAAAUAAACUGAUGAUUUGCUGUA